AUGGUAGGGAUAAGUCCGAAUGUUGUGAGCCACUCUUUGAAUAUUGACAAAAGCUUCCCCCCAAAUCAGCAAAAGCGAAUACUACUGGAUGACAACAGGAAGAAGACCCUAAAAGGGGAAGUCGAUAGAUUGAAAGCAAACCAAUUCAUCCGGGAUGCUUUCUACCCCGAUUGGACUUUGUUUGAUUUGAUGAAGCAUCACUUCGAAACCGAAGAGGGUAAACAGCUUUGCAAUAAAUUUAAUCUCGUUAACCAGAUCAAACUCGCACCCAAGAAAAUUAGGAUCGAUGAGGUCUGUUAUACUAUUGAUCUAAAGAAUGCGAAGGUCUUCAAAGGAACAUUGGAAGGAGAAGAAAAGCCUGAUGCCACAUUUUCCUUCAAGGAAGAUGAUUUUGUCAAAAUUGCAUUUGGAAAGAUGAAUCCCCAGAUUGCUUUCAUGAGGUUGGUUUACACCUCUUAAUUUUUCUAA